UUUUAAAUAAAAUUAAAUGCAUUCAUUCAAAGAUUUAGACAUCACUGAUACAGAAAAUGAACAAUUAUAAUGUACUCAACAUAGCAAGGACAUAAUAAAAGUUUGUUUAAAAUGUAAAUUUAUUUAUAAAAUAAAAUAGCUGGUUGUGAUUAAUUAAAAUUGUGUCAGUCAUGUCUGUCUAGUCACGAUUCUUCUCACAAAGAGAUUACUAUUUAUUAGUUAUUUAAAGAAGUCUAAGCUAAGAUUAAGGCGGAUUGUAAAGUUGAAAAAUAGAAGGAUAAGUUUGACAUUGUAUUUAAAAACAUCUAAGAGAUGAGACAGUAAGUUCAUCAAAUUUUUAAUCAAUUAGAAUAUGAUAUUAAAUAAUAUUUGAUAGAAAAAAUAAAUAUUGAUGAACUCAACUAAAAUUACCAAACUUUAAUAAAUAUUAAUGAAAAUAAUUACUUUUAACAUAUUCCAAUACUUAAAAACUACUACUUGAAUCCAAUAAACUUUUUUGAUGAAUAGAUAUAACUUUCUUAUGUAGAAGAAACGAUAUUAACAAAGUUGCUUGCUCUCAAUGAAAAACUCAAAUUGUAGGUUGAAAAAUUAAAGAAUGAUGCUGAACACCUUUUUGACAUCAAAACUCGUAAAGCCAGUGAACAUUAAUAAGAAGAAUCUGUUUAAUUAUUAACUACUCUAAAUGGACAUGAAAAUGUAGUGAGAUGUGUGAUUAAACUUCAUAAUGGAGAUUAUGCAACGUCAUCAAGAGAUAAAACUAUUAAAAUAUGGAAUUAGAACACUUUUUAAUGUAUACAAGUUCUGAGAGAUCAUAUUAAUUGGGUAUAAGAUCUUACACUAAUUCCUGAUAAUAAAUUUGCAAGUUGUUCUGAUGAUAAGACCAUUAAAAUAUUUUCUCAAUUUAUUCAAACUUAAUCAACUAAUGCAUUUUAAUCUAGUCUUUGGGAAUGUGUUAACACUUUAAAAGGACAUGAAUCUUAUGUAGUUAGAAUUGUAUAUAAUGAUAAAUUCAAUUAUCUUAUAACUUGUUCUACAGAUGGAACUUUGCGUUUAUGGGAUCCCUCUUAAAAGAAUGCUCUUGUAGUAUUACAUGGACAUGAAAAUUGUGUAUAUACUUUAGCUAGCAAAAAGAACUUAAUAGUUUCAGGAGAUGAAGGCGGUUAAUUGAUUCUCUGGUCGCUCAGCCAUAUGAAAAUUGAAAAUAAGUAAAAAAAACAUUCUGGAUGUGUAAAUGCUAUCUUAAUUGACUAAUAUAUAUAUUCAUGCGGAGAUGAUCGUAAAAUAAACAUCUGGGAUAUUAACCUUUAAUUUAUUUAUGUUAUUGUAUUAAUUUAGUGUUAUAAUAUUUAGAAAUUAGAAAGAGCAGAAUUAGAAUCAUUAUAAUUUAUUAAUGAUGAACUUAUUGUAGGGGGGGAUGAAUAAGGAUAUCUCUAAUUCAUUAAUCCUGUUUUAAGGAAAGUGACAUCAGAGAUUCCUGUUCAUAAUGAUCGUAUAUACAAAAUAAAGUAUUACAAUGGAAUCCUUUGCACAGCUAGUUCAGAUUUGUCUGUCAAGUUAUUCAAGUUUAAUAUUUGAGUUAUAUAUCCAC